AUCUGGUAGCAAACUGAGCGACAGCGUUCAACGUUCCUCCAGAACACUCUAACACCUCACACACACACGCAUGAACACACACUCUCUCUCUCCUCACACACUGGAAUGGCACUGCAGUGAGGCGCCUGUCCAUCACAGCUAAAGUAUCAACCAAUUAAGAGCCAAAAUGCCCAUCCUGAAGAAGCUGCCUGGCAGGUCCAAGAGUAACCACGACAACGUCGAGAUGGUGCUGAAGAGUAACCACAGCAACGGCGAGAUCAACCUGCAGAGUAACCUAGGCAACGGCGAGCUCAUCCUGCCCCCAUCCAGCCUCAACCCCUUUGAGGACAUGGAUCCAGACAUGGGCUUCAAUGAGGUGAUGUCGUCGCGAGAGGGCGAGGCGCUGGAGAACGAGGUAAAUGCCGAGUUGCACGGAGGGUUGAAGGUCACUGACAGGUCAAAGGGAACCUUGCCUCUCAGAGGGACCUUGGAACGCAUCUGCAGCUCGUCUACGGUGAAGACGCUGGGCAAACUCAGCAAAGGCCUCCGCAUCACUGGGCGAAACCUGCGGAGCUCCACCCUUCCGACCACGCCCACUUCAGGGAAGGAGAAGAAGAAGAAGAAGAAUCACCGCAGAGCAUCUGAGGAAAUCAUGACCCUGCUGAGGCUGGCGGGUCGGAAGAAGAAGAGUGAGCGGAGGGAGAGUCUUCCUGCGGGAGAUUUGAAUGGUGAGGAUGAUGAAGAUGCCCACCGGCGUCCCUCCUUCCUGCGCAGCCUCGGUAAGCUCCGAGGAGACUCGCUAACAAACCGCAACUCUCAGGAGGCCGAGCGGGAGAGCCCAGAGGAGGAGCCGUCGGUCAAACGCAGAGAGCCGCUCUCAGUCCUAGAAAUUCUGCAGCUUGUCAAUCAGAGGGACCUCCUCCUGGCCGACACCCACAUCCAAGAGCUGGAAAGAGAGUGUGCUUUGGACCCUGCCCUCUUCGCACAAACCCCACCAACCGCAACCACACCCACUGCCAUAACCCCUCCUCCUCUCUCCUCUCCUUUGCGGCUCCCCCUGGUGGCGGGGCUGUGUGAGGAGGAGCCCCCCAACGCGUGGGACGCGAGUCUCCGCAAGGUCAAAGACGUGGAGCUGCUGUACGAAGCGUUACAGAGGGAAAUGUGGGAUGUUGUGCGUGAGUCGCUACGGCAACCGUGUGCCGGCCCACAGCUGGGACUUGUGGUCCUCGUCAUCCAGCAGGAAGAACAUGCUGACCACGUGUGGAUGCUGCGCCAGGAGGCUCAGGCCAACCUACAGGAUGGGGACAAAGAGCUCCAUGAUGGGGACCGGUCUGACCUGCGCGAAGGGGCCCACUCCGACCUGCAGGAGGGGGCCCGUUCCUGCAAGAGGCCCAGGAAGCUGAGGCAGAAGUGGGCGGAGGCGGUGGGUGAAGCAGCUGAUUGGUCACUGCCGCAGCCGGGGGGUGUGGCCGCAGGGCAGAUGGGCAUGUUUUUGGAGCGGCUGAGGGGCCGGGUGGUGGAGGACAUGGAUGCGGCGAGGAGGAAUGUGCUGGCAGUGUAUCCGACAGAUUUCACUGUGCUUCAGGUUUAUAUGCAGAGUUACCACAGGGCUGUGGCCAAACGCCUAAAGACCAUCACCUCUGGGCCUGUGCAGAUCACUGAUAUCUACUCCCUUCUGGACUGGAUCUACAACAUCUACAACAGGGAUGUGUUGGCCACAGUGAAGACGAUGGGCUCUAUAGACUGCGCUGCUCUCGAGCCACUGUUACCUGAAGAAGUCAUCGACAGACUGGAGCAGGAGUGUCUCAACACUGUUUGGGACAAGGUAACUACAGAGCUGUCUCAGGUUCUGGAGGACGAGGAGAAGAGAUGGGCUCAGACGCUCCAGAUAGAAGAAUACCAGUCGGGCCUGGCGCGCUCAAUCAUACAGAGGCUGAAGGUUGACCUGGACAGAUCCACAGGUGUUAGCCAGCUGUUGGGCGCCCGAGUGGCCAGAUGCACUCUCAGUGGACUGGCCGACUUCCUGCAUAGUUUCCAGAGAAAAGUGGAGAUGUUCCAUGAGACUCAGGCAGAGUUCGGAGACCGAGGUGACGGUUAUGUUUCCAGGACCAUCGCGCUGGCUAACUGUGUUCCUCCAUUCAGGAGUUUUGUGGAGCGCUGCAGGCAGUGUGAUCCUCUGGGUAGUGAGGACUCGUCCCAGAGAGCGCACUCAUCACUCGAACGCAUCAUCAACCAGUCCGUACGGGUUCUGACCGACAGACUGUUUGAGAAUAUUAGGCCCUUCUUCGAUAAGCUGCUGAGGAAGAAAUGGCUGAAUAACACUGAGGCCUAUGAGAGCAUCGAGGCCUCCAUCAAACAGCACUUUAAAAAGUUCCGCAGGAUGGACUGCCCCCCAUAUCAGACGCUGGUGAACGAGGUGCACAGGCGGGUGAUGGUGGAGUACGUUCGGGCCAUCAUGAGGGGGCGGGUCAUCUGCACCUCACUCAAAAUGAGAAAGAGGCUGGCAUUCCGCCUGCAGGACGAGGCCAAACAGAUCAAAGCACUCUUCAAAGACCUGGAGUCCACCUGUUCGUGGCUGGAUAAUGUGAUUGGUCACCUGGCCGACAUCAUCCUCCUGGAGGACAUGCCCUCCAUUCAGAUGGAGGUGGGAGUGCUGGUCAAGGAGUUUCCAGAUAUUCGGAGGAAGCAUGUUUCUGCUGUGUUGAACGUGAGGGGCAUGGUGCAGCAAACGGAGCGUCAGGAGAUCCUUGCUGUCGUCCGGGACUUUGAGAACAACAGCGAUAUGCCCAGAGACCACGCCCUGUUCUCUGAGAUUGCCGUGGCAACAGACAUGCCCUGCCUGGGACUUGUUCUGAUCCGUUUUGCACUGACAGUGUCAUCGUGGGUGUCCAGUGCUCGCCCCCACAGGAGACACACCAGAAGAAGCGCAAAGCACAAAGAAGACGAUGCCAAUCAACACGUUAUACAAGUCAACCAGUAACCAGUGAGCAAGUCGACGGGUUACACAAGUCAAGCAGUAGCCAGUCAACAUGAUAAACAAGCCGAGCAGUAACCAAUCAACACGUUAAAUGAGUCAACCUUUAACCUACAACACGUGACACGAGUCAGCAGCUAGUAACCAGUCAAAACCUUAUGCAAGUCAACUACUAACCAAAAGGGCAAAAUGUUACGCAAGACAACCAGCUGCCAUUCAACAUGUUACACAAGUCAGCCAGUAACUGGUCAACACGUUGAACAAGUCAAGAGGUAACCAAUCAACACGUUACGCAAUCAGCCAAUAACCUGACAACACAGGUUACACAAGUCAAAGCAGUAGCCAGUCAACAUGUUACGAGUCAACCUGUAACCAAUCAACACGUUAAACGAGUCAACCUUUAACCUACAAGUAACCAGUCAAAACCUUAUGCAAGUCAACUGCUAACCAACAAGUCAACAUCUUACACAAGUCAGCUGGAAACUGGUAACCAGUUAACCAGUAACUGGUCAAGAUGUUGCACAAGUCAAGAGGCAACCAAAAGUCAAAAGUCAACAAAUCAACAUGCUUUACAGGCCAAUACGUAACCAGAACACGUUACACAAGUUAACAAGUAACCAGUCAACACGUAACACAAGUCAACCAGUAGCCAGUCAAUACGUUACUCAAGACAGUCAGUAACCAGUCAACACAUUAAGCCAGUCAGACAGUAACCACUUAGUGUGCUAAGCAAGCCAACCAGUGACCAACCAACAUGUUACACAAGUCAACCAGGAUCCAGUUAACUCUUUAUGCAAGUCCAUGAGAAAUCAGUCAACACACAAUGUAGUAACUAGUUGACGUAUUACACGAGUAAUUAGUGAACACGUUACACAAGUCAGCCACUAAGCAGCCAUCUUGUUCAACGGCUCAACGAGUACCCACUUAACAAGUUACACAAGUCAGCCAGCGACCAAAUAACACGUAACACCAGUCAAUGUCGUACUCAAGACAACCAGUAACCAGUCAAUACAGUACGCAAGUCAGCCAGUAACCAUGCAAUAUCUUAAGAAAAAGGGGUGUUUUCGUGGCAAAUCAACCAGUUGACCCUUCAACUCUUUAUGCAAGUCAAUAAGAAAUGUCAACACACUACAUAGUGACCAGUUAAUAUAUUACACAAGUCAGUCUGUAACUAAUCAACACAUCACAAAGGUUGACCAGUAAGAUGUCAGUUAAUCAGCAUUACAUAAAUCAAGCAGUGAUCAGUUGACACAUUACACAAAUCAGUAACCACUCAGCUAAUCAAUACAGCGUCUAGGAAAUACGACCCAUAGCUGACAAAAUCCAAUUACCAAUAACAACAUUCUAGCAGCCUCUGAUGAAAUGCAGAGUCCAGGGAUGUGUCAGAAGACAGAAAAGGGGGGGGGGAAAGAAGAAAACAGACGCGACUGCGUCCCUCGCAUUUUUUUGUGGCUUGCAGGACUCAAACAGGAAGUACUCUCCAUUAUUAACACAGCUAACAGGAAGUAGACUCAGCGACUGCCAAGUCAUCAGUCCCUGUGUCUGUCACAGCUAAUGGAGACGGAGCACCAUCCCAAGUCCAUCUAAACAAUGGAGUGCACUGGUGAAAGGAGACAGGGUCUCGUCCCAUUUAACCUUAUCAACACCCGCGUGUGCUGUAUUGCUAAAACUGCUGGAAAAUAAUAUAUAAAAAGUAAAUGCUUACUUUGAAAAAGUGUUUAUGGGUUCAUGCUAUGAUGAAGCAACAGUGGGUAGUUCCUUCCUUGCAUUAGCGAGGAGCUAAUCUCCACAGCUCUUUCGCUAAAAACAUCUUUUGCUAAUGUUUGUAUGUCAUGCAAUGCUAAUCGUAGAUUGGACAGCAGCGUAUGAGCGUGUAUGUGAGGAGCACGGCACAAGGUACUGCUCAUUCCCUAUUCCACCAGCGUAUUUCACCGAAAUCAACCAAAAAUAUCUACUGAGGUGUUGAGAAGACUGGAGUGGAGUCUGGAUGAACAGUAGGGGGCAGUGGUGGGAGAGCAGAAGUAGAGUUAUGGAGGGGAAUCUUGCUGCAAGUUGAUGUCAACACAUCCCUCUUCUAGGGUUUGUAGGUUUCAUGAAAAAACAAUGAAACAAGGUAGAAGUAGUUCCAAGGAAAGAUAGUCGUAAGUGCAUCUUAUACACCAAUGUUCAAAGGUUUGGAAUCACUUGGCCUUUUUUUUCUGAUUUUAUUCAAUAUUUCAAUAAUAACUUCUACAGUGUUAUAAACUUGAUAUCAGAAGGUGUUUUUUGAUGUUUUGUUCAUUAUUUCAGGCUAUUACAAUAUACUGGAGUUAUUUAUUUAUAGUAUAUGUUUUAUCCAGUCGGGCAUUCUGGAUGCUAAUUUAUUAUAACUUCAAGCCUGAUUAUUUCUCAGUUAUGAUUAUCAUUUCUUCCUCUUUUUAUAUCUUCCUACUAAUUAUCAUUUUAUACAUGUAUCUGCAAUAAAACUGGUUUGAUAGUAUUAAUCGUAGUGAUUCCAAUCUUUUGAACGACAGUGUGUCAGAUAAAGGGGAUGCUAGCUAGGAUGCUAGCAAAAGGGGUGAGGUUUCAGGCACGGCCUUCCAAACUUUAGUCAUAGCAUAACUUCAUUCGGCAUCCAAGAUGCUACAGAAAGAUGUGACGUGAAGGGAAACACCAUAAACUAGAACCAAACAUCUGAAGUGACAGGAAGUGAUCUUCACAGUAGAGAUGAAGCUGAAUACUAGCUUUUGUACAAAAAAGCUAAUGGCUGAAAAAGAAGCGACGCUACUGUCUAAGCAUUAGCUGGCUUAGACAGACAGCGAUGCCACAGCCGUCCGUAAGCAGGAGUCUAAGGGAGCAUAACUGGCCAUCUGAGUGGGUAGGAUGGUCCUCCCUCUCGCAAUGCUAGCCAAUGGGGGCGUCUGUUAGCUGACACAGAAUUAGCAGUUAGCAUUCUCCUCCAAACGUGUUGAGCUGUCCAAUGACGUUGCAUUAGAUUAGCGGCAGUUUGGAAAAUUGCGGUGGAGCUUUGGUGGAAACAUGCUAGCCGUCACCCUCCAAGCUUGGUAGCAUCAUGUGGUAGGGGUGGGAGCGGGACUGAGGACUGAAGAAAACUGGAAAUGAAUAAAGAAAUGAAUAUAUUCAGAAACGUUAGUCAUCAUAUAUGUAUAUGUAUCAUUCUAGCUGGUCUUGAACUGUAAUAUCUUUUCAGUUCCUUGCGUAUGUAUGUACAGUUCCUUACAGAACACUUUGAAUAAAAUAUGGACUGAAUGUAUUUGAUACAAAUGUCUUAAUGCUAAUCUUUAAGAAUUUUAGUAAAGAUAAUAAAAAACAACCCAUUGACUGGGUAAUAAACCAAAAAGCAGAGGA